CCGCGGUGCUGAGCGGUGCUCCAGUGUGUGUGUUGCAUUGGCCCUGUGUGCGUCCCGGAACCCAAGGAGAAACAGGAACGAUGGCGGCGCUGGUGAGGGCUGCGGUGGUGCUGGCCUUGGCAAUACCCAGUGCCCGCGGCCAGGUGCCCCAAGACCUUCCGCCUGCACAGCACAGCCACCGCGUCGUUCUGGACCAGGACAAUGCUUACGUCAUGCUGUGGACGCCGCGCCAGGACGCCAUUGAGAUAGAAGUCCAGGUGAAAGCAAAGGGCUACGUAGGAUUGGGCUUCUCCCCAAACGGUGGCAUGAAGGGAGCUGACAUCGUGCUGGGCUGGGUGGAUGCUGCUGGCAAGGUCUUCCUCCACGAUCGCUAUGCUGCCGGCAACUGGGCACCGACACUGGACGAGUCUCAGGACGUGACACUGCUGGGUGGCUACCAGAACGACACCCACACUGUGCUUAGGUUCUCCCGGCCCUGGAUCACCCUGGACACUGACAGUGACUACAUGCUGGGGGACGACACAGUGCGGGUCAUCUGGGCGUACACCAACAGUGACCCCGCAAGUGAGACAGACCUGCGUCACCACGACAUGCGAGGGACCAAGAGCCUCUACUUGCAGUCACCCCAGUUUGAGCUGCCGGCACUGGGUCCGGAUGUCAAAAGUGUGGAGCUUCUCUCUCGUAACAUCACUAUACCGAGCGACCUGGACACCCUGUACUGGUGCCAGAUGUUCAAGAUCCCCAUCACCACCAAGCACCACGUCAUUGGGUACGUGCCGGUGCUUCAGCAAGAGAGCCUGGAGCACGUGCAUCAUAUAGUGAUGUACGCGUGCAACUUGGAGGAAGGCCACGACCAGUACGAGAAUUGGCUGGAGUGGGAAGGAGCACAAUGCCACACUGCCAAUAUGCCGCCCUCGUGGAGGUUCUGCACUCCUAUAUUUGCCUGGGCUGUGGGUGGAGAAGGGGAGAUGUUCCCGGACCACGUGGGCUUCCCCAUCGGCGAGCAGGGCAAGGCGGCUUACUUCAUGAUGGAGAUGCACUACGACAAUCCAAACUUAAGGGAAGGCGUGGUGGACAGUUCCGGGGUGCGUUUCUUCUACACGGAGAAGCUGCGGGAACAUGACGCCGGCACGAUUGUGUUCGGGCACAACCUGUCGCCCUUCCACAUCAUCCCUCCUGUCCAGAGGUGGCACAGCGCAGGCUACUGCGACUCCCAGUGUACCAGUCAGAACUUGCCAGCAGAGGGCGUGAAGCUGUUCCAGGGGAUGCUCCACUCACACCUGUUGGGAGACAACCUCAUCCUCAGGCACGGACGCAAUGGCCAGGAGCUCCCACCCAUCAUGAAAGACAUGCAUUACGACUUUGACUAUCAGAACACCAGGAUCUUGAAGGAGGAGGUGACUCUUCUUCCUGGCGACAGUCUUGUUAUGGAGUGCGGCUACAAUGCAUCUCACCGCACCACUCCAACCUACGGAGGGUUCGGCACCAAUGAAGAAAUGUGCCUCACCUUCCUGAGUUACUACCCACGUGUUGACCUCUUCCUGUGCGGCUCAAACCCAGAAAUGAACACUGUUCUCGAUAGUCUUGGCCUUGAGAUCAGUGCUGCUAACAAAGACAAGCUGGAAAAAAUGCUGAAUUACAAAAUUGAGAUGAACUGGGAGGUGGAGAACAAACUACUGGAGAAAGUGAAGAGUGGGAAUCUGUCAACUACAGGCAUGCCACUCAUCAUGGCUGACAUGCUGAAGACCGUCAACAUCACUGCCCCUCAGAAGUAUAUCAACCAGUCCCUGUAUAAUGUGCUGCAAGACAAAGCCAUCUGGAUGGACGAAUUGACCUCUGCCCUGCAGAAGGCUGUGCUGGAGGGGAACCACACCUCAACAUGCCACCUUCAUGGCCAAAGCAUUCUUAUGGGAAAAAGCAGUACCAUCACAGCACCAGACCUCCAGCCACUGCAGGAUCCUCUGCCUGAGGUGAGCUUCAUGCACAGCGUGGUGCUGGACCAGCAGGGCAGCUACGUCUUGUUGUGGACGCCCAGGAAGGAAGAUGUUGUGUUUGAGGUUCAGGUGGGCACAACAGGCUAUGUGGGACUGGGCUUCUCUCCCACCGGAGGCAUGAAGGGAGCAGACAUCAUACUGGGAUGGGUGGACACCAGCGGGGAGGUGUUCCUGCACGACAGUUAUGCUGAGGGCAACUCGGCCCCAAUGGUAGAUGAAUCUCAGGAUGUGAAGCUGCUGGGGGGCUACCAGAACGACACCCACACAGUACUGAGGUUCUCCCGGCCCUGGGACACCUGUGAUGGGGACCAGGACUACACUCUCUCUGACGACACAGUGCGAGUCAUCUGGGCAUACAGCAGCCGUGACCCAGCCAGUGAGACAAACUUGCACUACCAUGAUAGGAGAGGGACCAAGAGCCUCUUCCUGCAGUCCCCCCAGUUUGAGAUGCCACAGAUGGGUGCCGAUGUGAAGACCUGGGACUUCCUUUCACACAAUGUGAGCUUACCAGACCAUCUUGACACUCUGUACUGGUGUAAGAUUUUCAAGAUGCCGCCCACUCCCACCAAGCACCACAUGAUUGGGUUUGUCCCAAUAGUGGAGGAGAAGAAUGCGGAACACGUGCAUCACAUUUUGUUCUACGAGUGCCACGCGCCGGACAGUGACACUCUGUUUGAGCAGCACGUGGAGGAGAAGGGAGCACAGUGCCACACCCCCAACAUGCCUGACUCCUUCCGCUACUGCCAGUCAGUGCUCAUUGCCUGGGCAAUCGGUGGCCUGGGGGAGAUGUACCCAGAGCAUGCAGGCUUCCCCCUUGGAGAGCAGCAUGGAGGGGCAACCUACUUCAUGAUGGAGUCACACUACGACAACCCAAACCUCCGCCAAGGGGUGGUGGACUCGUCAGGGAUCAGGAUAUUCUACACAGAGAAGCUGAGGGAUUACGAUGCAGGAAUCCUGAUGAUUGGCCACCAGGUAUCCUUCACACAUAUCAUCCCCCCACAUCAAGAGAACUUCCUGUCGGGGACCUUCUGUGACGACUCGUGCACUGGUGAAACGCUGCCAAGGGAGGGAGUCAAAGUGUUCCAAGGCGUCCUACACUCCCACCUGCUGGGCACCUCACUGCUGGUGAGACAGGUGCGGGAUGGCCAGGAGCUGCCCAUGAUAAUGAAGGACAUGACGUAUGACUUCAACUACCAGAGCAGCAGAGUGUUCAAGGAGGAGGUGAUGCUGCUGCCAGGUGACACACUCAUCACAGAAUGCUACUACAACUCUUCCCACAACACCAAGCCAACCACAGGUGGACUGACAACAAAGGAGGAGAUGUGUCUGGCCUUCCUCAGCUACUAUCCACGCACCAAACUCUUCAGCUGUCUCUCCGAGCCCAAAUUUGAGGACAUCAUGACCACAGUAGGAGUGACAGAUGUAGAGCAUACAAUGAUGAGACGGAGACUUAGAAAAAAAAAGAAGACAACCAGCGAGCAGCCUGAGGAGAACAUGACAGAAGGGAAGAAGGACAGAAGCACGACACAGGAGCUGCAGGAUAUUAAAUUUUCAGAUUAUUACCACACAGUGAGGAUUAAGGCACCAGAGGAGUACCUUAACUUGAGCAUGCACGACAUUCUCUUCGAUGACGCAAUGUGGCAGGACCCUAUGACGGCAGAUGCAUUCCAGAGGCUGGCAACAAGCGGUGUCCACAAAGUAAACUGUGGCAUAAAUGGCCAGAAUGGGCUAGAGGAGAAAGUGAAGCUGGUGCCGUACCCAAGCUACAGGAGCCGAAGACACAGGCAAGACCGCUGUACCAAACUGAGCGAUAAAGGCUCAAGUUUGUGUCCACCUGCCCUCUCCUUCUGCAGGAACACCAACACAAGAGGAACUUUCUUCUAGAUUUGUGCAUGUACAAGCUUUCCCUCUUCCCAAUGCACCUUUGUCACACCUCUUUGUACUUUUUAGACCUUCACAGUAUGUAUACGUUUUGCCCCUUAUCUACUGCACCUGUUUUGUCAUAUCUCUGUACUUCAAGAGCCUCAAUAUCUGUGUUCUAUAACCUUCAAGAUAAAUAUAAUUUUACCUCUGCAGUACUUCUCUCCAUUCCUUGGUCCAUUCCCUCAUUCCCAGCUACUGCUCCUCUUCCUUUGCUCCUUGUACUGUCUCCUUUCUUGUUGUAUCCACUUCACUCUGUUCCUAUCACCAGUAUCUCAUUCCAUGGCUCCUGUUGCCCCUUCAUCACUCUUCAGUCAAUAUAUUCACUCACUUUCUAGAUUUGAUAUCUACACCCUUCAUGUCCUCUCUUCUCUCUCCCUUCCUAUAAGUACCCUCUCAUCCUGCUUCCUUUCCAGCACAUCCUGUUCCUACUCCCUCAUGUGUUCUGUUCCCCCACUUGUUUUCUUAAUUCCUGUCUUCAAUUAAUCUGAAUUGGGAAACUGAUGUACGAUAAUACUGCAAUGAACUUUUUUCUUUGUGUUCUUGAUGAAAAUGCAACACCAUCAUGACUCAUUCAGAGAGAAAUGUAAUUAUGUACUAGCAACUAAAAAUACAAAUAUGUUAAACAGAAUAUUUUCAAAGUGAUAAACAACAUUAUGGAAAGUUUGCAUAAAAUCUAAUUUAAUUAUUGAGAAAGAAAUUGACAUCAUAUACUUAUGUAAUAAUAGAAUAAAAAAAAACUUCAGCAUAACAGAUUCAAAUUAAGAGAGAGCAUCAUGGAAGGCCUGGAAAGAACCUGCAGGUAACCGAGCUGAGUGCUUCCCUGCACCAUAAGCCUCACCAUGGCACCAGUACAGUCUUCAUUUACUGUCUUGCAUUUAUGGAAAAGCCAUAACACAUCUGCUCACUCUUAGUUAUUUGAGUCACACCACAAACACAAUCCUGUCCACAAAUCUUCUAAACUUACUUGCACUUCAUCCAAAUGUUAAUUAUUUUUAAAAAAUGUACUUUUUUUUAUAAUUAGUCUUAUUGCAAAACAAGCACAUUUAUAGUGUAUAAAAUUCUCAGGCAUAUACUAUAAAUCUUUACCAAACCA